GAGGAGGAGGAUGGAGAGGAGGAGAUUGGGGACAGAGAGGAGGAGGACGGAGAGGAGGAGGUUGGGGACAGAGAGGAGGAGGAUGGGGACAGGACCAACCCAGAAACAGGAGAGGGUGCCAGCUCAGACAAAGAGAGACCGUUCCUCUGCUCCCAGUGUGGUAAGCGGUUCACUGCACCAAGCAGCCUGAAGACUCACAUGCAGAGACACAGCGGAGAGAAACCCCACCAGUGCUCCUUCUGUGGGAAGCGCUCUACGAUCCACAGACCUGAAGAGACACCAGAUGAUCCACAAAGCAGUCACCUCGGACAGACCGUACCGCUGUUCGGAGUGCGGCAAGACGUUCACCUCGCCCACCAGCCUGAGGAUCCACCUGAAGAUCCACAGCGAAGACAAACCCCACCAGUGUUCCGUCUGCGGGAAGCGUUUCCUGUGGCUGUGUGUUCUGAAGAGACACCAGGUGGGGCACAAAGGAGAGAGCGCCACCUCGGACCCAGACAGCCCAGGGGAUCCCGAACAGGGGCAGAAGCCGUACCCGGACCUAAAAGACUGUACCUCUGCUCAGAGUGUGGCAAGAGGUUCACCACAGCGCCUUUACUAAAGUCUCACAUGAAGUCUCACAGUGGGAGAUACACCACCAGUGCUCCGGUCUGUGGGAAGUGUUUCCUGCUGUUCCAGGACCUCAAGAGACACCAGGAGAUCCACAAAGGGGGCAACAACUCUGACGCAGACAGUCCAGGGGAAGCAGAUCCGGAGAGACCGUUCCCCUGCUCUGUGUGUGGUAAGAGGUUCACCGCAGCCUUCAGGCUUAAGGCACACAUGAAGAUCCACAGCGGAGAGAAACCCCACCAGUGCUCCGUCUGUGGCAAGGCCUUCCUUCGACCCUACGACCUUAAAAGACAUCUGGUGACCCAUAAAGGAGAGGGCACCAGCUCUGACCCUGACAGUCCAGGGAUCCUGACCAGGAGUUGA